GAGCCACAUAGGACAGAGACUGGAGAAGCUUCUCUCUCGCACUCACGGUCAUCUAACGAAAACAUUGCCCUUUCCCAAUGGCCCGAUGCAAUGGAAAAGUCCUGUGCAUAUGCCUCCUGCCCUGUGUGAUGGUGGGGCACCUCCUGGUCUAUAUUUUGGUGUCCAUCUGCAUCACCAUGUCCUACUCCCCAGCUACGCUCCCCAUUCGUUUCAUCGCCCCUGGGGUCUCCUCCAACUCUGGUGCACUGGCAGCACACCCGCGGAACCCAUUCUGGAACCUCCGAAUACAGAAAGGAGCCCUGUGGAACCAGCUGCAGCAUCGCUUGGACCGGCAGCACAAUCCUAUACUGAGGGGAAACAGGAGCCAGCAGGCAAGUACUGAAGGAGUGCGGCCACAGGAGGGUGGUCCCCAGGGGGUCUCUCCUGCUUGUAGCCCAGACCAGAGCUGGGCCCCUCUCCUCAAGGAUUUCAGCACCCUUCCGGAGCAGAUGCGCGAUUUCAUCCUGUCCAUGCACUGUGCCGAGUACCCCAUUGUAACAGACCAGCCAGGAGUCUGUGAUGGGAAAUUGCGGCCAGAGGAAGCUCCCAUGUUGCUACUGGCCAUUAAAUCGGAGACAGGGAAUUUUGAAAACAGACAGGCCAUCCGGCAGACAUGGGGGAGGAACGGUUGGAUGCAGGGUGAGGCCGGGGGCAGAGGCGGGUUAGUACGAACGGUCUUUCUUCUUGGCAAACAGGACCCGUCCAUGGGUCUCUACGCAGACCUGGAGAAACUUUUAGAAAUAGAGAAGAGUCAACACAGGGACAUCCUGCAAUGGGACUUCCGGGACACCUUCUAUAACCUAACCCUAAAGGAUGUGCUGUUCUUGCGCUGGUUCUCACAGCGCUGCCCCCAUGCUCGCUUCGUCUUCAAGGGUGACGAUGAUGUAUUUGUGCGCACACGUGCUCUCCUUCACUUCCUGCACCAGCAGGAGGAAGAGACAGAAGAUGAGGGACAGAACCAAAAGAAACCCGUCAGGGAUUUUUUGAUGGGAGAAGUGAUUGCUAAUGCUGUACCGAAUCGGCAGUCCUUCACAAAAUACUACAUCCCUGAGAGUUUCUACAAGGGAGCCUACCCGCCUUAUGCGGGGGGUGGGGGAGUGGUGUACACUGGGGCCCUGGCGUUGCGUCUGGGAGAAGUUUCCAAUAGAGUGCACCUGUUCCCCAUUGACGACGUCUACCUGGGCAUGUGUCUCCAUCGCCUAGGAGUCUCUCCCACUCAUCACCCUGGGUUUCUCACCUUUGAUCUCCCAGGAACAGAUAAGGAGAGUCCUUGCUCGUAUCACAACAUUAUUCUGGUUCACAAGCGGAGCCCCAAAGAGAUGCUCAGGCUGUGGUCCAUGCUAAAAACACCACCUCCAGCCUGUUAA